GAUUACGAAUAGGAAGAAGAUGGGGAGGGGAGAGGAGGAGGAGGAGGAGGAAGAAGAGGAGAAGCAGAAAAGAGUUGGCCGGUGAAAACAGAGGUGACAAGGCGUGUGGCUCGAUCGGGGAGGACGAGGAGGGGGAGGGGCUCUUUUUUCCCGGUGACGCUUUGGGACGGUUUUCGUGUUCCUCCGCCCGACGUCACUUCGCCUGCGCUUCUCUUCCCGCCUUCCCGCCUUCCGCCUUUCUCCCGACUCUUCCCUACUCUCCUGUGCUUCUCCCCCCGGCUUCUCGGAACAAGACGUCCCCAUCCUGUUCCUAACCCCGGAGUGGAAUCGUCAAAUCUUAAGUUGCUCUUCCCGCAAUGGCCUCCCGGUCUCCCACUGCCGCCAUGGGCACUCCUCUGCCGAAACCAUCCGCCGUGCCUGAGACUCCCAUGAUCAAGGACGCGCCCACCACCCCCCAGGCGGUCCCCUUCCCUUCUCCCCAGACAUUCGAUAUCAUCCCGCCGCUGCAUGGUCUCCUUCUCCGCCUCCUCUCGCCGUCAAACAAUGGGAAUGACGUGAGACCGGGUGAAGAUCCCAACGGGGCGACCGCCCCUGCCGCGCCGGGUCAAUCUCAAUCGCAACAACAACAGCAGCAGCAGCAGUCUGAGAAUCACAGUACCCAUGGUGGUGUCCUCCUCACCAUUCCCUCCGCCGGCCCAGGCCCUGUUUCGGCUGCAGCUGAGAUCGCCGCCUUGGGCUCGAACAUCCCUGCGCCGCUCGACAUCAAGAACCUCCCCACCGAGGUCAGCUCGAUCAAGAUCCGGAUCCAAAAGGCGCAUGCAGUGGUGGAAAACUUGCCUGAUGUGGACCGCUCUGUCGCCGAGCAGGAAGAAGAAAUCGGAAACCUCGAGGACCGGAUUGCAAGGCUCAAAUCGGUCAUUGCCGACUUUGGCCAGAGGGCUGGGAAGCCCAAGGCUCGAGGACCUUGAGGGCGCGAGCAUCAGAUGAUGGAGACGUUGUUCUCAGGAUCUGUGAGGUUAAUUCCUCCAUGAUGGGAUCGGUUAAGCCGACGGAAACAACUUGAAGAUAGCACACUUCUGUCGUUCAAACCCCCAAAGGAGCACAGCAUGCUUUGAUCGCGGGGCGGAAUAUACUGUGGAGACUCUCGCUGGGUUAAUACUGGGAAUGACA